UUAUAAUAAUACAAUACAUACUGCGCGCGGAGACGAUGUCUCACGUCUGUCUAAACAGAAACAUAUAUUGAUAACAUUAAGAACAAAGCACUGUGAAUCGCAAUGACUGCUAUGAGAGGCAUUCACAAUUUGAGGUUUAACCAGGAUCAAGGAUGUUUCAUGUGUUGCAUGGAGUCUGGAUUAAGAAUCUACAAUGUCGAACCUCUGGUUGAAAAGGCGCAUUUCGAGAAUGACUUGAUGGGAAGCAUCGUCAUAGCUGAAAUGCUCUGGAGAACAAACGUGAUUGCAGUAGUUGGUGGUGGAACACGUGCUAAAUUCGCCGAUAAUACAGUAUUGAUAUAUGAUGAUCUGUCAAAGAAGUUUGUUAUGGAAGUUACUUUUACCAGUCCCAUCAAAGCAGUUAGAUUGAGAAGAGACAAAAUGGUAGUGGCGCUUCAACGAGAGAUCCAUGUCUUUUCGUUUCCCACACCUACCCGGCGGUUAUUGACAUUGGAAACGCGGGACAAUCCAAAAGGUUUGGUAGAAUUAGCAACUCUUGUGUCAGCACAGAAGCAGUUACUGGCUUUUCCUGGUCAUAAACUUGGUAGUGUGCAGCUGUUGGAUCUUGGUGCUACUGAGGCUGGAAGUUCGAGCGCUCCCGUAACUCUUGCAGCACAUCAGGGUGCAUUGGCCUGUCUGGCGGUUAACGGGAAUGGCACCAUGGUUGCUACUGCUUCUGCUCAAGGAACCCUAGUCAGAGUAUGGGACUCUAUACGAAGGCAUCUGUUGAUCGAAUUGAGACGUGGUGCCGAUCCCGCUACACUUUAUUGCAUAACAUUCAGCAGGGAUUCGGAAUUUUUAUGUGUCUCUAGUGACAAAGGAACAGUACACAUAUUCGCCCUGAAAGACACUCGUUUAAAUCGACGAUCCACUUUCUCAAAGAUGGGCUUUCUAGGUAACUACAUUGAGAGUCAAUGGGCAUUGGCUACUUUCACAGUACCACCCGAAUGCGCGUGUGUUUGUGCGUUUGGCGCACGUAAUUCUGUGAUAGCUGUAUGCAUGGAUGGAACGUUCCAUAAGUAUAUAUUCACUGCAGAAGGCAAUUGCAAUCGACAAGCAUUUGAUGUCUUUCUGGAUCUCUGCGACGAUAAUGAUUUUUAACACAAGGCCUAUGUUUCGUAUGUGUACAAUAAAUGUGUUAUAUAGUGCAUAAUUACAAGAUUGUAUACUAGCAAUGAAAUUUCUAGUCGAUUAACGAACGAAAUUUCUUCUACGUGAUAAUUGCUCGAGCAGUCAAUCACUCACUGUUUGCAGUAGAAAGUAUAUAAAUUAUUUUGU